CAGGUUUUGCCUUUAGCGCCACUAGAAGUCUUAGCAUCAAAGCUUGUGAGGCAAGGAGGAUUAAUGAUGGAGAGAAGUGAAAACUUUGGUCUAAUUCUAGAUCUGAUGCCACAGCCCUGCACAGGAAAAGGUUUCAAUCCAGAAGCAGUCAACGUUUCAAACCCAUAGAUUCCUCAAAGUUUAUCUUUUUAAACGCAGAAGCUUCAACCGUCGGUGGUGAACAUCAGGACUCUGUCCCCACCCCCGCGUUAACAUGAGGAUCCAACUCAGAGGACACCUUCUAGAUUUAUUAGAGAUAUAUUCCGGAGACAGUUAGAAUACUUUCGAGGCAAAGGAAAGUAUUUAUUCUAGAAGCCCAGGAGGAGGAAUAACAGCCCACCAUCAAUAGAUUGGAGAGAGACGAGGAGAAAUUCUGAGGAAGAGAAGAUGCUGAAGCAGCACAACGGUGAGAGGAGCCUUCCCAAGAGGAUCAUCCUGGUGAGGCAUGGGGAGAGCCAGGGGAACUUGGACAUGGCGGCCUACGCGACCACCCCGGAUUACAGGAUCCCCCUCACUAGGCUGGGCGUGGAGCAGGCCCGGGCGGCGGGCCGGCGGAUCCGGGAUGUGGUGUCGGACGGCGGGCAGGCGGCGAACUGGAAGGUAUACUUCUAUGUGUCGCCCUAUGAGCGGACGCGGUUGACGCUGAGGGAGAUCGGCAGGGCUUUCUCGAAGAAGAGGAUCGUCGGGGUGAGGGAGGAGUGCAGGGUCAGGGAGCAGGACUUCGGGAAUUUCCAGGUGGAGGAGAGGAUGAAGGCGAUCAAGGAGACCAGGGAGAGGUUCGGCCGCUUCUUCUUCCGUUUUCCCGAGGGCGAGUCUGCUGCCGAUGUCUACGACCGUGUCGCCAACUUUAUGGAGUCCUUAUGGAGGGACAUAGACAUGAAGAGAUUCGGUCAGGUCAACAACUCCAACACCAACCUCAUCAUCAUAUCACAUGGCCUUGCUUCAAGGGUGUUCCUCAUGAAAUGGUUCAAGUGGUCGGUCGAUCAAUUUGAGAGGCUAAACAACCUUGGCAAUUGCGAGUUUCGAGUGAUGCAGGUAGGCCCUGGGGGAGAUUACAGCCUUGCAAUCCAUCACACGAGGGAGGAGCUUGAGCAGUGGGGCCUCUCGCCGGAGAUGAUCGCCGAUCAGCAGUGGCGGGCCACUGCCAAUCGGGGCAGUUGGAAUGAGGAUUGCGCUUGGUAUCUUAAUUCUUUCUUCGAUGAUCUGAAGGAUUCUUCGGAUGAAGAAGAUGAAAACCAUAUUGUUUGAAUUGUCAUUGGAUGUUCAUAUGUGAUUCUUAUGAUAUUUGUUAUCCAUCACAGUGGUUGUCCUUUUUCACUUUCUGAUUUCUUUUGGUAGAAAAUAGGGCCUUUUUUGAUUAUUUAAAGUUGUGAAGUUAUGGUUGUUUAGCUAAGGAUUAUGAAAAAUUUGAUUUGGGAAAUGGAAAAAGACCAAAAGAACUUCAGUGAGCCAAA